AUGAAAUUCUCAACCAUCCUGGCCAGCCUUCUUUUUGGUGUUGCCAUCGUGACCGCUCUUCCUGCACCAAAGGAUGCUCUUGAUCUCUACGGCCGUGAUGAAGCUACUCGUCGCGAGGUAGCAGGUGGUCCUCAUGGAAGCACUCGUCGUGAGGCAGCAGGUGGCCCUCAUGAAGCUACUCGUCGUUGCAGCGAUCGUCGUGAGGCACAGGGUCCCCACUGUAGUACAUGAAAUACUAAGUUUGGUAAGUGUGUAUUCACCCUUGAACCCAUUACUUUAUUUAGCUAACAGUUGUAGAUCAUUGGUCUUCUCGUUCUCUCAAAUAGCAAGACAUGUGAUGCAGUGCGAGUGUCUCUGUACUUGUAUGAGAUGAUUGGUCAUUGAAUAAUAAACUUGGGUCUCUAAUGGGAUAAGAUGGGCUUUCUUGCAUUUGCGGGAGAAAAUGCCAUUUUGGGCAUACAAAUUCCGUGCGGGCACGACAAAUGUGCAUUAUGGCAUAUAUUCG